AUGCCCCACAGAUCCUGGAAAGGCCGUGUUUUCAUCGCAACCAGCCUGGACGGCUUCAUCGCCCGACCAGACGGCGAUAUUCUCUGGCUGACCGAUCCCUCUCCUCGACCUCCAAGUCAGCAACAUGUCCCGCCUACCAGCCCGGACAAGCGUACAGUCGACAGCAUCGAGCAGAACAUGCAGCGCAUAGAAUGCAUCGCGAUGGGCCGCAAGACCUACGAAAAGAUCGCCUCGUUCGGGGAAUGGCCGUAUACGAAGCGCACCUUUGUGAUCAGCUCGACCUUGGCUGCUGGCGGAAUGGAGCUACCUCCGUCCGUGCAGGUGGUCAGAUCGGUGGAUGAGGCAGCCGAAGUCUUUGAGAGAGAAAACAUGAAGCUUGUGUAUGUAGACGGGGGCCUGGUCAUCCAGGAGUUCUUGCGGAGAGGCUGGGUCGAUGAGAUGGUGGUUACGCAUGCGCCGGUGCUCUUGGGCCGCGGGAUUCCUCUUUUUGGGGGGUUGGAGAAGGAUGUUGAGUUGAGGUUGUUGGGGGUGGAUGUUAUUGAGGAUGGGAUGAUUUCGACGUGGUAUCAAGUUGUGCACUAG